GCUGCGCGUGGGCGUGCGUAAGCCGCUCCGUCAAGUUGAGCUGAGAACGAGGAAGUGAUCAGAAACCCGAGAGAGACGAGACGCGAGCCCGGCUGUCAUUUGGAGACUUUGCGCUGACUUCGCCUGCAGAAACCAUGCCUCAAGCAGACAUUGCACUGAUCGGUCUGGCCGUCAUGGGCCAGAACCUCAUCAUGAACAUGAAUGACCACGGCUUCGUGGUCUGUGCCUACAACCGGACCGUGUCCAAAGUGCACGACUUCCUCCAGAAGGAGGCGAAAGGCUCCAAGGUGAUCGGGGCCGAGUCGCUGGAGGACAUGGUGUCCAAGCUGAAGAAGCCCAGGAGGAUCAUCCUGCUGGUCAAAGCCGGACAGGCUGUGGACGACUUCAUCGACAAACUGGUUCCUCUUCUGGAGACUGGAGACAUCAUCAUCGACGGAGGAAACUCUGAGUACAGAGACACAACACGGCGGUGUAAGAGCCUGAAGGAGAAGGGCCUGCUGUUCGUCGGCAGUGGAGUGAGCGGUGGCGAAGAUGGGGCACGCUACGGACCGUCACUCAUGCCAGGAGGGCAUAAAGAGGCCUGGCCUUACAUAAAAGACAUCUUCCAGAGCAUCGCUGCGAAGGUUGGAACAGGGGAGCCGUGCUGUGACUGGGUUGGAGAUGAAGGUGCCGGUCACUUUGUGAAAAUGGUCCACAACGGCAUCGAGUACGGAGACAUGCAGCUGAUCUGUGAAGCCUAUCACCUGAUGAAGGACGUUUUGGGGAUGGACCAUGAUGAGAUGGCACAGGUCUUUGACGAGUGGAACAAGACAGAGCUGGACUCCUUCCUGAUCGAGAUCACUGCCGACAUCUUGAAGUACAGAGACUCCGACGGCAAACACCUGCUGCCGAAGAUCCGCGACAGCGCCGGACAGAAGGGCACGGGGAAGUGGACGGCCAUCUCGGCCCUGGAGUACGGCACGCCCGUCACCCUGAUCGGUGAGGCUGUCUUUGCCAGAUGCCUGUCCUCUCUGAAGGAUGAGCGAGUGCAGGCCAGCCGCAGCCUCUCGGGGCCGCAGGGGGUCAAAUUCAGCGGCGACAAAGCGGCCUUCCUGGAGGAUAUCAGAAAGGCUCUCUACGCCUCCAAGAUCAUUUCCUACGCGCAGGGCUUCAUGCUGCUGCGGCAGGCGGCCAAAGAGUUCGGCUGGUCGCUCAACUACGGCGCCAUCGCCCUGAUGUGGCGAGGCGGCUGCAUCAUCCGCAGUGUCUUCCUGGGUAAAAUCAAGGAGGCGUUUGACCGAGACGCCGAGCUGCAGAACCUGCUGCUGGACAACUUCUUCAGUAACGCUGUGCAAGAGUGUCAGGAGUCGUGGCGCCGGACGGUCAGCACCGGCGUGCAGCACGGCCUGCCCAUGCCCUGCUUCACCACCGCUCUGUCCUUCUACGACGGCUACAGGCACGAGAUGCUGCCCGCCAACCUGCUGCAGGCUCAGAGAGACUACUUUGGAGCCCACACAUACGAGCUGCUGUCCAACCCGGGUCACUUCAUCCACACCAACUGGACCGGCCACGGCGGAAAUGUCUCCUCUUCAUCCUACAAUGCUUAAAAAUGAGAUUCACGGUUAAUUAAAAAAAACAGACAAAACAAACAAAAAGCUACACACCUGAAAAUGACCAGCAAGAGAAGAACACCUUGUUACAAAUCAUUCCACCUU